AUGUUUGUGCCAUCCCAGGAAGGGCAGCUGUGCUCUGUUUGUGAGGUUGCAGUACUGAUUGGAGUUGAUGCUUCAGGGCACAAGCACCAGCGAUUGGAGUCGCUCUUUGUGCAAGAUCAUGAGGAGAUCGAUCUAUUGUGCUGGGAAUUCAUCAGUCUCGCCGAUGCUGGCUCGGAUUCGGAUCUUGACGACUUCGUUUCGUGGGAGUGCCAGUACGACGUCUAUUCGCCCCGGCAACUCUCCAACAAUGAAAACCAAGAUAGUGAUCAUCAUAACCGCUCUGAUAUUGACGAGAAAUUAGACGGUGAUGAGGAGGAUGAGGAGUUGGACGACUAUGAUGAGGACGAUGAGCUGGUUCCAGAGCAGGUGAGUGGGAAAUUGGGGAGGCAGAGGAUGAGGAAGAUUGGGAAGAGGGUGUUCGCGAGAAUUACCAGUUCAAAACUGUCACCACAUGGCUAUGUCAAGCCCGGGUGCGUCUAUGGGAAGCAUGGGCUGGGACUGAAGCACAGUUGCUGAUCGUGUAUCGUGAUGUUCGACCAUAAGGUUCGAAUCUAAAUGGGGGAACCAUAAAGGUCUGGUCUUGAUUGUGUAUAUGGUGGGAUCUUGAUUAUGUUAAGGGUGUAGUUUAUCUGUUCAGUUUAUUGGUAGUGUAGUUUGAUUGUGAUUGGGGUGGUUGGUUUGUGGGUUGACUGGCUGAUUAGGCUACGGUGGUUAAAUUUGCUUUCUUCGUUUAUUUGACUGCAUCUCAAUUUCUAUAAAUAUAAUCUAUUUGAUGGUGCCUUUCUUUUCUUGGUUGAAAUUGUUGUUCAGGAAAAUGGGGACUGUAAUGACUAAUGAUAUCGGUAUUUAUGGUUUUGAUAUUUGGUAGGUGAUGACUUGGUGUA